AUGGUCAACUGGGGCUAUGCUAUUGCUCUUUUGCCGAUUUACGUUUUUAUCUGGCUUCCUAUCUCGCAUAUACUGUUUGGCGCUGCAAAGAACCCCGCCGAUGCUCGCUAUAGAACUCUCAACAGCUCGUUAAUCGCUUCCAACGACCCUCUUCCAUGUAUUUCCCAUAGUUACUAUACCUUUAUUCUUUCGCAGGAGCCUUUGAUUAUAUAUAUUGAGAACUUCCUUAGUUCCCAAGAAUCGGAUCACCUGCUUCAAAUAAGUGAAGAUAAAUUCGCCCCCUCCACUGUCUCGACCGGUCCAGAGACCUCUAUUAAAAGGGACAUACGCCUCUCCGAAGUCGCUCUCAUUGACCGAGACGAAAUUGUCCGCUGUAUCGAGCACCGUGCUCGCGCCUUUCAAGGAUGGCGUCCAGAGCUACACAUCGAGAGACUGAGAACGCAGAGGUAUGGCGUGGGAGGCCAUUAUGGGGAUCACUAUGAUUGGAGCGGCGCUAGCAGAGAGGCUGACCGUGUAAGUACCUUUAUGGUAUAUGUCAAAGCCGACUGUGAUGGCGGUGGGACAAAAUUUCCGAGGAUAAAGAUGCCAUUUGUUGGAAAUAAUACCAGGUGGUGCGAAUUUUUAGAAUGUGGAAAGCAAGAAGGGGGUAUUGGAACAGGAGAAGAUUGGGGAGUUACCUUCAAGCCAAUUGGAGGAAACGCGAUCUUUUGGGAGAAUUUGCGGUCGGAUGGGAGUGGCUAUGAGGAGACCAUUCAUGCUGCCUUGCCUGUGGUAUCUGGGACGAAAGUUGGGUUGAAUAUUUGGAGUUGGGGGCCGGCUCGAAGAAAGUAG